UAUGAAAUGCCAUUGAAUUAUAUAUUUCUAUAAUUAGUGUACUCGAAUUAAAUAUAUAAUUUCUUAACGUAAUAAUAAGAUACAACAAGUUGCACCAAAUCCCACUCUCUCACUCUAGAAACCAAAUGUCGUUGAUAAUAAUAGAACACUUUCUUUCUCUCUCUAAAAAGCAAAAGUAGUCUAGUCACUGAUUUCUUCUAAUCCUCCGGUGGAGUGAGAGAUGAUAUCUCCGACGUUGUUUCCUCUCCUCUGCGCUUUAUUUCUAUGUCUUCCAGUGGCUGUUAUCUUCACAGUCCAGCGAGAACUCACCUGCGUUAUCUCGCCGGAGUUUGGUUUCCGCUCUCUUUCCGUCUUCUCUCUUUACUCUCGAAAUGUCCCCGACUCUUCUUCUUCUUCUCCGGCGGUUCGGAUUCGACAGCCGAUUCCCAAAGAAGACGACCCUCUUCUUCGACUAUCUUCUCGGGUUAACCCGAAUCUACCUCCCGGUUCGACCCGGAAAAUAGCUUUUAUGUACUUAACGACGUCGCCUCUUCCGUUCGCGCCUCUUUGGGAGAUGUUCUUCGACGGAAUCUCCAAGAAUCUUUACAAUGUCUACGUUCACGCGGAUCCGACCCGAGAAUACGACCCGCCGUUCUCCGGCGUGUUCUUGAACCGGGUCAUUCACUCUAAACCCUCGCUGAGACACACUCCCACUCUAACUGCGGCGGCGCGUAGACUACUAGCACACGCGCUUCUCGACGAUCCAUUGAAUUACAUGUUUGCGGUUAUAUCACCUUCAUGCGUACCAAUUCGCUCCUUUGACUUCACUUACAAGACAUUAGUCUCGUCGCGCAAGAGCUUCAUCGAGAUACUUAAAGACGAGCCGUGGCAGUUCGAUAGGUGGACGGCGAUUGGGAGACACGCGAUGCUUCCGGAGGUGAAGCUCGAGGAGUUUCGGAUCGGGUCUCAGUUUUGGGUUUUGAAACGGAGACACGCGCGUGUGGUGGCGCGUGAUCGGCGUAUAUGGGUGAAGUUUAACCAGACGUGCGUGCGGGAAGACUCGUGUUAUCCUGAAGAAAGUUACUUUCCUACCCUUCUUAAUAUGCGGGAUCCACGUGGAUGUGUCCCCGCCACGCUUACUCACGUGGACUGGACUGUUAACGACGGUGGUCACCCGAGGAUGUACGAGCCGGAGGAAGUCGUGCCUGAGCUGGUCUUGCGGCUUAGAAAGACUAGACCAAGAUAUGGUGAGGAUGGAAUCAACGGUUCGGAGUGGUCUAAGGUUGAGCGGAUGGAUCCGUUUCUGUUUGCUAGGAAGUUUUCACCGCAGGCUCUUGAGCCGUUGCUGGGUAUGGCUCGAACCGUCUUGUUCAAUGACUCAGCCGGUGGUGUGUGAAUGGUUUCUCUAAUGGUAUUGUUGUAAAUUCAGUUUUAGUUUUAGUUUUUUUUUUUUUCUUUUUUGUGGGGAAAUAAUAAUUGUAAUUUAAAUGGGUAGCUGGGAAAAACAAAAACCCGAGUAUACCAUUAUCGUGAGUAAAAAAGUAAACUCGUCCUACUCGAAUCUCAUCAUAAUCUUCAUAUUAGCAAAUGGAACCAAUUCAUUACCAAAUAGCCACAUUGAAACCUUACAUUGGAUACGAGAAGAUAUUUAAUGGACAUUUGACAAAAGUAGAGAUAUUUAUUGGACUAUGAAUGGAAAGUGAUGUGGGUUUUGAGUUCUGACUAUACACUGGGUUUAUGUAAAUGUACACUGUAGAUAGAGUGAAUAAAGAAACUAGGAGAAUGAAAUGGAUAAAUGUAG